AACAUCCUGUGAUUUUUUUCUUCUCCUCCGAUUGGUUAGAGAGGACGGGGCGAGAGAGGAAGGAGAGGACAUGCUACACACUUAGAUCCAAUAUGCUAAUUCUGAGCGCGCGACUUAUUAAUCACGUUACAGUGUCAAUAAUAGGUGCGAAUAGCUCGUCUAGUCGAGGCCUUAUGCUAUUGGAAUGUGUGAAGUAUUGUGUCCAGGCUGUGAUUGUUUCAGUGUGGGUAGAAACACGAGUCUAGGCCCAUUCAACUAUUUUGUUUAUGUAAACUGGAGACUCUUAGACUUUUCAAACUUAUGGAUAAGGUUCCGUUGAUUCGCGGAUAUUAGAAAACUCUGCUCCUCCUACCUGACCUCUGACCCGCAUGCAGCCAACAUUACUAACUUUAUAUGGAUUUUAUGUCUGUGGCUGUUUGUUCGGUUCAUUACAUAACAUUCAUUGGAUAUGGACAACAUAGAAUUGAGUUAUUUUUAAAUUAACCCCCCCCCCCCUGUAACCACGUUUUGUCCUGCCAUUUCACUGUAACUAUACAUCAAGAUAAAAAAAGGAAUUGAAUAUCAAAGGCGUGUCUAUCACUACAUAAAAUAGUUCCACUGGAUUUGUCCAGCUCAAGGAAUGUGCUGCUAACAAGGACACCUUCAAACUUGAAAUAUACAAAGUUGUUUUAGUGUGUGGCCUGAAUGGUGGAAAUCUCAUUAGACAUUAUGCAGGCGGUGGUGACGGUGAAGUAUGUCACCUAACUGUUCAAGUGAACACGCGCAAACAAGAAUUUCUCCUGGCAGACGACAUCGGCUUCUUUUAACCUACUAGAGAGCGUCUGUCACUCCGACGGCGCGUUCAAUUCGCUCUGGCAAGGGGCGACAAUUUUAACUACAGGUGUCCAAAAUAAAAACUUCAAUGUAGAUGUAUAGUGUAUAAGAAAAAAUUGCACACAUUAACCAGCGUUGGUGACUUUUUAUUGGUGCAAGUGUUUGGUGAACUAGAUAACGACUAUUCAAUGAAAAGACUUUUGAAAAGCGAAAGCGCUUCUUAAAAUGGGCGCCAAUCAGUCGAACUCAGGGGACGUAAUCUUGCCAAGCGGAGAUAAUUCAAUUUAUCACCACGGCAAUCACAGUGGAUACCAUUCAUCCAAUUACAGCAGGCCGUCGCUGGAGAAAAGAAAGAAAGAAAAACCCAGUCAACCCAGGAAACCCAUUGCCACACAUGUCACUCAUGAUUCAAUUACACUCUCCUGGAGUACUCCACGCAAUGCUGCUGGUCACAGUAUAAUUGCUUACACUCUUGAGAUGGUCAUCUUGAGUUCUGCUGUUGACCGGCAGUGGAGGACCGUCACUAAGUGUUGUCAGGGAACUAGUUAUGAGGUCCGUCACCUUGACCCUGACACAGCAUACGUCUUUCGUGUCAGGGCUGAGAACGUAUACGGGUUGAGCAAGCCCAGCCUUGCUUCUGACGUCAUCACCACCAACAUGUUCGAGAUUCCGCCAUCAUACGCGCAGGAUAGCUUGGCGCCCCUGAGCUCGCCACCCGAGUGUACCCCCUCUGCGGACUCGUCAGGUCAAAACUUCAAGAGGCGACACAGUUUUAGCGUCCACCUGGACGGCAACAUCACGAAAAUGUUAAACCACACGGACGUGGUUCUCUCCGCAACAUCUGCAUCCACACCCCAAAGCGGAGAAAGAACUUUAACUCGGAACACCAUCUUCAGGACCUCUUUGCAGAAUAACAGAAAAAUUUCUCAGCCCAUUAUCCUUCCAGGGACAGGAACAAACUCUCUUAAUAGGCUCAGAGAAUCUCGCAUCAGUUUAAAAAGUAAUUCCAGCACAGGUGUCGCCAACAAGUCAAGGGAGAUAGUUAGAAACAAGUUCAGGGAUUCUUGCGGCAGCUCAGGCUCAACUAUGUCCGAAUCCAAUGUCUCCACGUCAACAGAAGAUCUCAGAAAAACUGACCUCGGCUCUCUCAGCAGCCUUCAGUCAGACACAACAGUCUCCAACUGCAAAGACCUGCACAGUGAAAGUGGUUCUAAACAUUUGUCCUUGGAUUCAUUUAGUGAUCAUUCAGACAGAAAGAACUCGUACAAUUCAGACUCUGUUGAUCGAAAAGAAUGCUUAUCCAAAAAUGCUUAUAACAAAGAAACUAUGUAUGAUCAUUUGGAUAAUAAAAAAGAAGUUAUAUCUUGUUAUGAUAAGCUUGGUUUAUCAAAUGAUGCUAAUAGUAAUCUUGAAGUUCAUAGCGCAGACAAAAACUUUGAAAUCACAGAAGAAAAACUCCAUAUGCACGACAUGUUCCAAGAGCGACUGAACAGCUGCAGCCUGAACUCUUUUGGAAAUUCCCAAACUCUCCGAGGCUAUUAUGAAAAUUUGGAAAGCCCAUGGCAGAAAAGUGAUUCUCUCGAGGGCAUGUCCCAACAAAUCAUGGCAGCCCCCAUUUGUGACGAUGUUAAGAUGGCCAAGAUGGCCAUGGUCAAUGGAAGCAGCAAGAAUGGAUUUACCUCCUCUUCUGAAUGUCGCCCUGAAAGCGUCCCGCACGAUGGCCGUAGGGACUUUCGCACCCUACGGAGUGUCUUGCAGUCCAAUAACAUGAUAGUCAAAUCUUCCAGGUCUCUGCCCGAUGUGGCUUCGGUGGUCAUCGGGGACAAUGGUGAAGUGGUACCUUUCGGAAAAGGGCGCUUGACCACGAUUGUGGACGCUGAUGAAGAGGAGGAUACAGUAAGAAUAACAACUUUGUGAUUCAUUGACAACGCAUGCAAUCUAUUGAAAGGGACAACCUCGUUUUCAUUGGAAGGCAGCAUAUCUACUAUAUAAACGUGGAUUGGAUUACAAUUCUCAGAACUGAUAAGAUUUAUUAGAUCUUGAUAUUUAUAUAUUACUAUACAGCUUUAUGACUAAAAAUAGAUGUAUUUGAGACGUAAUGUUAUUGGUACACACCAUCACCCAUUCCUUACAGGCAAUAUAGGAACUCUAGCAUAAUGAACAAUGUUGUUGCUUAAUGCUAAUGUAUUCCGUGUAUCUUGCUGUAUAUUGAAUUAAUUCUAUUUAUUUAUUAUUGAAGUUUCUGUUUCUCUUCUCAUACACUUUUUAAAGUAAGCGCUCUGGACAGAUGUGAAUGAUUUUUAAAAUAACACUUUCAAGCUCAAAUUAUCGCCUGCUGUUAUAGUAAAAAGGGAAGUAAUUGGUAUACACACAUUUUCUUUCAUUUACUUUUUAUGGAAACCAACAAGAAAAAGAAAUUUUAUUUUAUUUGUUUUAUAUGUAGAUCUAUGUAUCUCCACUAGUAUUAAAGUAUAGAUCUGUAGCAAUAUUUGCCUGAUUUUGUAAACAUUUAUAAAGAGCUUCUAGCCCAGCGGUGAAAAGUGUCUAGAAAGGGUAGUGCGGGCAUAUAUAAAGAUAACACCCAUUUAUAGAUGUCAUUGGUCAUACGCGGUACCAAUGUAGUAGAUAUGGGUGUUUAGAAUAAUAUGUUAAUGUGUAAUAUAAACACACAAGUAGCGCAGUAUGUACUUGUUAAUUAACGCAACAUUGCUAAUGUAGGAACUAGUGGCCAAGAAAACAACGUAACCCAUUGGAUGAGUCUUUGGAUAACCAGGUUGCCAAACCGAUGGUCCCAGUAGGAGACUUUGGGUUAAAGACUUUCUGAAAGCUAUCUAGCUCUAAAGGGCCCCUAUUUUGGUGCCUCUACGGAAAGAAAGAUGUUAUUAUUGCAUUGGUUUCAUGACAACCUUGUUAAACAAAGAGAAGAAUGAAGUCUGUUGCACGUGAAGCCAUUUUUUAUUAUUAUUAUUAUAGCUUUUAUAUAGCGCUACUUUCAUGCUACUAAUAGCAUGCUCAGAGCGCUUUUGGUCCAAUCUCAUUUGUGGACUAGUGGGGGGAGGGGGGGGAAGGUUUUCCGUGCUGCCUUUAGGCGCUCAAUAAACACAAAUCUGCCCUAGUGUCGAACCUCGAGUCCCCUUCUAGGUAGCCAAGCCAAGUUCACGCGCACUGACCCUCGACCACGCUUCCCACAUCCGUUUAUAAGGAACUUUCAUUCCCUUCAGACAUUUGUCGAGUUUAUAUAUAUAUAUAUAUAUAUAUAUAUAUAUAUAUAUAUAUAUA